AUGUCCCCUUCCCCCGCCAUCACGGCCGUCGAGCCCCACGGCCACGAUGCCGAAAAAGUCGCCUCGACCCCGUCCAUGGACGAGCUCGUCGCAAACGCCAAAUCAGCCACAGACAAAGAGCACAAGAUGACUCUGCUGCAGGGCAUCCGGCUCUACCCCAAGGCCGUCUUUUGGAGCAUGCUCAUCUCGACGUGCAUUGUCAUGGAGGGCUAUGACAUUUGCCUCGUGAGCAAUUUCUUUGGCUUUACCCCGUUUAACGAAAAGUACGGCGAGCAGCUGGCGGAUGGAACUUAUCAAGUGCCGGCCAGGUGGCAAUCCGGCCUGAGCAACGGCGCCACCGUCGGCGAGAUCAUUGGCCUCUUCAUCAACGGUUAUGUAUCUGAGCGCUUCGGCUAUCGCUACACCAUCCUGGCCUGUCUUGCCAUGGUCACCGCGUUUGUUUCCAUCUUCUUCACUGCGCAAAACGUGCAGACGCUGCUCGCCGGCGAGAUCCUGUGCGGUAUCCCCUGGGGUGUGUUUCAGACCCUGACCAUCACCUAUGCCUCCGAGGUGUGUCCCGUCGCCCUGCGCGGCUACUUGACCUGCUACGUCAACAUGUGCUGGGGCAUUGGCCAGCUGAUCGGCGUCGGCGUCAUCAAAGCCAUGCUGAACCGCACCGACGAGUGGGCAUACCGCAUCCCCUACGGCAUACAAUGGAUCUGGCCUCUGCCUCUCGCCAUCGGUGUCUUUUUUGCCCCAGAGUCCCCCUGGUGGCUCGUCCGCAAGGGUCGUGUACAAGACGCGAAAAAAUCUUUGCUUCGUCUAACCAGCGUCAACCGCGAAACCGACUUUGACGCAGAUGAAACCGUCGCCAUGAUGGUGCACACCGCCGCGCUCGAGGAGAAAAUCACCCAGGGUGCCUCUUACUGGGACUGUUUCCGUGGCACAGACCUGCGCCGCACGGAGAUUGUGUGCAUGGUCUGGGCGAUUCAGAAUCUGAGUGGAAACUCGUUUUCGAACUACUCGACGUACUUUUUGCAGCGGGCUGGACUGGACGAGUCGACUUCGUACUCGUUCGCCAUGGGCCAGUAUGCGAUCAACAUUGCCGGCGUGUUUGGAGCAUGGGGACUGAUGAGUAUGGGCAUUGGCCGGCGCUCGCUGUACUUUUACGGCCUGUGUGGGCUGUUUACGAUGCUCUUCAUCAUGGGGUUUUUGGGCCUGGUGCCGGCCGAGCACCGCGAGCAAGGGGCUAUGGCGACGGGCAGUAUGAUGAUUGUCUGGGCGCUCUUUUAUCAGCUCUCUGUUGGUACUGUAUGCUACUCGCUGGUCUCGGAACUGUCCACGCGCCGCCUGCAAAUCAAAACCGUGGUCCUGGGCCGCAACCUGUACAAUGUCGCUGCCAUCAUCACGGGCGUGUUGACGCCGUACAUGCUCAACCCCGGCGCAUGGAACUGGAGCAACUAUGCGGGCUUCUUCUGGGCGGGCUUGUGUUUUCUGUGUAUUGUUUAUACGUAUUUCCGUGUGCCUGAGCCGCGUGGACGGUCGUUUGCAGAGUUGGAUGUGCUGUUUGAGCGCAAGGUUAGCGCGAGAAAGUUUGCUGAGACUGAAGUGGAUGUCUUUGAGGAGGAUGUUGAUAGAGAGGUGGUGGGCAUGUACAAGGGGGCUUCUACCGGAGUAGAUGUUAAAGUUGCGAAUCCGGUUUUUUCAUAG